UAACAAGAUUUGCUAGCUUCUGUCCAGAGAGUGCUGCUUUAUUUUCAUUGCUUCAUUCUGUAAUUACAAGUAACAGGAGCUAAUCUUUGGUACCCGCAUCUUUGAGGAUGAAAGCAUGAAACUACGACAACUGAAACUAGAAAAUCAGAGAGCCCUUCUAGAGAAGAAGCAGAGGAAGAAACGUCUUGAUCCCUUAAUGGUACAGCCAAAUCCUGAGGCAAAGCUGCGCAAGUCAAAGCCCAAAGGGUGUGAGGAGCAGACUCCUUUAGUAGAAAACCCAAUUCCUUUCCACAGUGAUGUUACAUUACAUGGCAUUGAUGGACCAGCUGCUUUCCUGAAAUCAGAAGUGCAAGAUUUAGGGACCAAACUCCAAACCCUCUCUGCUGGAUCUUCCAUAACAGAAGACAAUGCAGAUCAGGAAAAUGAUGGAGAGGCUCUAACAGAAACAGCAGGCAAGCCAGAUCUGCAAGAAAUCUUACAGAAACGAGGAAUUUCAGGCAGUUUGAAUUUUGAUGAGGAGGACACAGAAGAGGAUGAAGAAACUAGUAAGAAACCAGCAUCUCAUUCACCGUAUCCCGAAUCUGAGAGGCCUAGUUCUGCAACCAGCCUGAAAUCUUCUGCAGAAACAGGUGCUUCCUGUACUCCAUCUCCUCAGGCAGAUGCACAGCUGGGAGAGGUAGAGAACUUGGAGGAUUUUGCAUUACGCCCUGCACCCCGUGGUAUUACGAUCAAAUGUCGAAUCACUAGAGAUAAGAAGGGAAUGGACCGGGGCUUCUUCCCAACUUAUUACAUGCAUCUGGAAAGGGAUGACAACAGAAAGACAUUCCUUCUUGCAGGGCGAAAGCGGAAAAAGAGCAAAACGUCCAAUUACCUCAUAUCAGUUGACCCAACUGACUUAUCUCGGGAAGGGGAAAGUUUCAUUGGAAAACUCAGGUCAAACCUCAUGGGAACUAAAUUUACAGUCUAUGAUCAUGGAGUUAGCCCAAUCAAGGCACAAGGUCUAGUGGAAAAGGCUCAUACUCGACAGGAGCUUGCAGCCAUUUGUUAUGAAACCAACGUGUUAGGAUUCAAGGGUCCCAGGAAAAUGUCUGUGAUCAUUCCAGGAAUGAAUAUGAAUCAUAAGCGAAUUCCAAUCCGGCCACGAAAUGAGCAUGAGAGUCUGCUAUCAAAAUGGCAAAACAAAAACUUGGAGAACCUCAUUGAGCUACGCAACAAGGCUCCAGUCUGGAAUGAUGAUACUCAAUCCUAUGUUUUGAACUUCCAUGGGAGAGUCACUCAGGCCUCAGUGAAGAACUUCCAGAUUGUCCAUGACAAUGACCCUGACUACAUUGUGAUGCAGUUCGGUCGCGUAGCAGAAGAUGUGUUCACUCUGGACUAUAACUAUCCUCUCUGUGCUCUUCAGGCCUUUGCUAUUGGACUUUCCAGCUUUGAUAGUAAAUUGGCCUGUGAAUGAGGGAGACAACAGACUUGAGACAUGGAACUCUGCCAUCCUUUCAUCUUGUUGUGUGAGUUCCAGGUGGAGCAAUGAGAAACACGCUGGGGAUGGAAGGGAACUGGACGACAAAUUUCUGCAGGCUUAUUAGAAAGCAAAUAGCAGGCCUAACGGCAUUGUGGUAGUCGACAGCAGACUGUCUUGGGAGACUGUCCCAAGACUGAGCACUCUUUGUACGUAUUGUGGAAGAACAAGGCAUAUGCAUGAUGUUUUUGUUGUCAAUAUUAAUGCUGCUUUAAAAAUCCUGAAACAGAUGCUGCACGAGAGCAGGCUAAGGAAUUUAGGCCACUAAUUGGAAGCUGUUGUAGCUGGGAUGAGAAAAAUACUGGUUUAGUGUCCAUAUACCUUGGAUCUUCAGCAGUACCCCUGGAAUUGAUGCUGCUGAUCUUACUCUAAGUUCCUGAAGAGAUCAAUACAAAAAAGGAGAAUAGUUAUGUUGUGGUAUGUAUUCUAUUUUGCUCUGUGUGUUAUUUUGCUAUCUGUUACAACAUGCAGAGGAAGAGAGGGAAAAGUUCAGCUUAUGCUUCUGUGCAACUGUAGGUAGUAUUCAAUGAAUAAAGAGCUGGAAUGAGA